UUGUUACAGUCAAUAUGACCAGGGGCCCAGGCCCACACUCCCGGUAUGUGAGUGAGUGAGUGAACGACUGGAACGAUGGGAACCGGUGAUUCUGGCAGCACAAUAUGAACACAUCUGCACUCGCGGCUCUAAUGCUGCUUUUGUACGGUACCAUCUUCCCCGGGUUGUGCUCAGAAGACGAGGAGCGCCUAGUGCGGGACCUGUUCCGAGGCUACAACAAACUGAUUCGACCCGUACAAAACAUGACACAGAAAGUGGACGUGAGAUUUGGUCUGGCCUUCGUUCAACUCAUCAACGUCAACGAAAAGAAUCAAAUUAUGAAAUCGAACGUGUGGCUAAGGCUUGUUUGGAAUGACUAUCAGCUGCAGUGGGACGAAGCAGACUACGGCGGUAUCGGUGUGCUGCGGUUACCGCCAGACAAAGUAUGGAAACCGGACAUCGUAUUGUUCAACAAUGCUGACGGUAACUACGAAGUCCGAUAUAAGUCUAACGUGCUGAUUUACCCGAACGGCGAAGUGCUCUGGGUUCCGCCCGCCAUAUACCAGAGUUCAUGUACGAUAGACGUAACUUACUUCCCGUUCGACCAGCAAACAUGCAUCAUGAAGUUUGGUUCAUGGACGUUCAACGGUGACCAAGUGUCCUUAGCUCUGUACAAUAACAAGAACUUUGUGGAUCUGUCGGACUACUGGAAGUCGGGUACCUGGGACAUCAUCGAGGUGCCGGCGUACCUCAACAUCUACGAGGGGCCGCAUCCCACCGAGACCGACAUCACCUUCUACAUCAUCAUCCGUCGCAAAACUCUCUUCUACACGGUUAACUUGAUCCUGCCCACGGUCCUCAUCUCGUUCCUGUGCGUGCUCGUGUUUUACCUACCCGCUGAGGCAGGGGAGAAGGUCACACUUGGUAUCAGUAUCCUCCUCUCACUCGUUGUGUUCCUCCUCCUCGUCUCCAAGAUUCUCCCGCCCACGUCGCUCGUGCUGCCCCUCAUAGCCAAGUAUUUGCUGUUCACCUUCAUCAUGAACACCGUCAGUAUUUUAGUCACGGUUAUUAUAAUCAAUUGGAACUUCCGAGGUCCCAGGACGCAUCGUAUGCCGCCCUGGAUCCGUGCGGUCUUCCUCUACUACCUUCCCAUCGUCCUGCUCAUGAAGCGGCCCAAGAAGACGAGGCUGCGUUGGAUGAUGGAGAUGCCUGGCAUGUCCGCGCCUCCGCACCCCUCGUAUGGCAGUCCGGCCGAGCUGCCAAAGCAUCUGCCCCCCUCGGCGCCGGGCAAGAGCAAAAUGGAGGUGAUGGAGCUGUCCGACCUCCAUCACCCAAACUGUAAGAUCAAUCGCAAGGCAAGCGCCGAGCGGAGAGAGAGCGAGAGUUCGGACUCGCUGCUGCUGUCUCCUGAGGCGUCCAAGGCGACUGAGGCUGUUGAGUUCAUUGCAGAACAUCUACGAAACGAGGAUCAGUAUAUACAGAUCCGGGAAGACUGGAAGUACGUAGCCAUGGUGAUAGAUCGGCUGCAGUUGUACAUUUUCUUCAUAGUGACGACCGCUGGUACUGUGGGAAUUCUCAUGGACGCACCACACAUAUUCGAAUAUGUGGAUCAAGACAAAAUAAUCGAGAUCUACCGUGGUAAAUGACUUGCCGCCUGUUACCGUGAUACUAAUAGGAUACUGUACGUAAAAAACAAUAAUUUAAAAGUAUUGACAUUGUUUUCUUAUAAAUAUUACAAUUAUAUUAUAAUUGAAAGUUGUGUAUAAAUUGAAAAAUGUUGUUAUUGGCCUCUUCGUGGGUUUUAUCUGCACGUAGGCGAGCGAAGACUAGAGUCUUGUUUUGGGUCACAGAAAUCAACUCCUCCUCUUGAUCAUAAUGAAUCAAAUAUUUCAUCGGCUAAUAAAUCUAAAUUAGUUUAAAGUAACCAGGAUUCUAAUAUAAAAUAGUCUGUAGCGACUCAAUUUAGAUUUACCAGUCAUUUGUGUUAGAUAAAUCAUAAGUAACACAAAUCUUUACAAAAUCAAGUUCUAAACAACCAUUUAAAUCAACAAGUAAUAUAUAAAUGAAACAAUCGCCAACAAACUUCCCUAAACCGUAUUUUAGCUUGGUUUAUCGUAUUUGUCUAUUUAUAAAGCCAUAUGAAUACCGGAUAAUUUCAUUAAAUCAAUUCAAACAAGAUUUGAACCCUCGUGUGGCCUUACUUUAAACUUAACUUGUACGAAUAAAUUUUUGUACCUAAAGAUGUGAUUGGAGGCGAAUCCUGUGACCCGACAAUACCUAGCAGCCUGCCAAUGCUCAGUAUGCUUGAGAACAAUAUGCUUUAAACACUGUGGAAAUUUGUAUAAGUUCCACCUUUAAUGUGUACAAGUCCACUAAUCAGACAGUAGCGACUAGGGAAGUGUUGGGGGGAAGGGGGGUUAAAACUAUUAUGAGCUCCUUCCACACUUUAAUUUGACUUGAAGUACUAAAUUGUAACUUGGUUUAACCUUUCGUAUAUUCCACGACAAUAAUACCCAUUAUUUAGUGUUGCUCAACUAACUACCGGUACCACAAACAUAAAAUUUGAUGAUUUUAAUUAUUUCCGUUCUGUGUUUUCAUGACUUUUUUUCACUAUUUCCUUUCACUAUUAGUUAAAUGAACAAAAUACCCAUUGGAAAAGAAACCAUUAUUCGUUUUUUCCUAGGACUCUUUGAACUAAAGUUUUUCCUCAAAAUUUCAACAUUGGAUGGUCAAGACAUGUUGUUCUUGGAAAUGCAAAUCAAACUUCUUCCGACUGUGGCUCUCAUAUGCAUAUUGUUCUCGGGUAACUCACAUAAAAUAUGCAUUUUAAUGUUGUGUUGCUCGGUACUAGUCCAUUAUCUGAACGUAGUUUAGAAAACAAGCCUUUCAACAUCUACUGGACAUCUCGUUAUGAGAUGUCUGGCGAUGUACAGGCGUCGUGUGCUCAACAUUAUGUAUCUGUAGAGACUCUUAUUUUAUUAAAAUAUUAAUUAUAUAUAAUAAAUCGAUAAACAUAAUGUAAUAAAACAAGGGGGAUGCCCUGAGAACGUUCCAUCUACGGGUGUAGGUCACUCCGAUCACAGAAGCUCAACAACUCGAUUUCUAUUCGCAAUAACAUUAAACCGUAACAAAUUUCUUUGUGGAUAUUGUGUGAGAUUUAUUUUCUAUGAGAAUGAUUUGUUAUUACAUGUUACUUAAUAUUUAAGAGUCUUAAUAUCAUAGUAGGAGUCGAUGUGAACGAUGUACAGAAAAAGCUAUUGUUUUAGGUAUUACGAAAUGAAAUUUUAUACAGACCAUCGAUUUGUAAAAUAAGUAUAUCCUUAGAAACUAAGCAAUACAGCUUUCACGUUUUGAAGUGUGACACUUCUACAAUCAAAUUUAUAUUUGUUAAUUAAGUUUCUUCGUGCAUAAUGUUAAUCUUACAAAUUACCGGAUCGUUUAAGUGGACUAAGAAGAAAUCCUUCCUUGACAAAAUCUGUUUGUACAAUGUUUAGGGUAUUUCAAAGAUUCACUACAUUUUUUGCUUUUAACCGAUUUCAAUACAUUUGAGGUAGUAUCAUAUAAUAAUUCAUACCACAGAUUGUUCUGAAACUUGUAUUUUUAUCAAAUAUUAUGCAGUGUGUUUAUACUACGAGGAACAUAGAAUACAUUUUAGGGGUAAAAUGGUCUUUAUGGAUCAGGAUAAAAAUUAAGAAGAUUAUAGAUUUCACAAAUUAUAUGUACUUUUAAGUAAAAUUUUCUGAAUAACUCAUGUAAAGAGAUAAGUGCUUGUGAAAAUGUAUUUACGUUUUAAAAUGUUUGUAAUCGUUAAAUUUAAAUUAUUCAUUCCAACCUUCGACUCACUUUUGUUGAAUACAUUUUAAUAAUCACCCAAAUAAUCAUAGUUGUGCAGGUUUUGUCUUUGCAUUUCAUUAGGUAACAAAACAGUGUUAAGGUCAUUGAAACCUUUUUAUGUAAAUGGUAAACUUACAAUAGAGAUUGCACUAAAUUAAGUUUAGAAUCAUUGUAGUCUAAAGUAAUCAUUUACUACAAUUGUUAUUUAGAAUUCACUAAUUAGUUUUACAGUUAAGCUGGGUUUUCCUAGGCGCGUAAGCGGAGAGCGGAGAGAGGAACGCGGAGAGCGGAAAAGAGAUUAACAUGGUGUUCCGCUCCGCUUCUAGGAAAACAGUAACAUUAAAUUACCUAAGACAAGUGGAGUCCGCUCUCCGCGUUCCUCUCUCCGUUCUCCACUUCCGCGCGUAGGAAAGCCCAGCUUUAAAAUACAGUUUUUUUAUGAACAUGUUCAAAUUCACACUACUCUUUUAUAUCAAAGACAUUCUCAUCAUCUAAUCUUUUUAAUUAGCUUAAAUUAACAGUAGCACUGCUUUUUAAACUAACUUUUUAUAUCAAUUGUUAUCUAUCUUCCCAAUGAAAAUACCAUACCACUACCAGUUGGCUACCUUUGCGUUAGCACACCCAAAUAUUACAUCUAUUGUUCUCUAAAGCAGUUGGCUACAUUUGAGUUAGCAUACCCAAAUAUUAAAACCAAUUUUAUUCUAAAGAAGAGGUGGUUUCUGUGGUUUUGGUUCCGGGUGAGUGCAAAAACUACUGAAUGAACUGACUGAGCUGAAACUUGACAGAAAUGAAGAUCAUGUUGGAAUACCAACACAUCAUAUCCUGUAUUUUCAUGUCGUUGAAAUUCAGUCAGUGUGUGAUCCAUAUAAACAUAACCCUUUUUGACUCUAGCUUUCGGAAGUAAGGACAGAUCUAUGAUAUAUUCCACACAACUUCAUCUGGAUAGGUUCAGUAGUUUUUGCCUUUAACAAUCUCACAGAAACAUGUUCUUCUUUAUGAUAUAAUAGAGACCAUUAAGUGAGUCAAAUAUUACUUAAUGAAUCCCAUCAGGCCAGGAAAAUUGUAUUCAGGGAUUCAUUAAAAUAAUCUAAAUAUACAUGAAAUGGGUGUUAAUUUUGAUCUCAAAUUCUGUAUUAUUAUCAGCAAGCUUCUCCUUCCAUUACCCUGAACUAAAUAAGAAAUAUAAAAUGAUAAAAUGUACCAUAAAUUACAGAUUUUGUGUGUGUUACUUUAGUGACUAAUGAUAUACUAUAUGUUUUAACUUGUAAAUAAUAUUUACAGGAAAGUUAUGUAUAGAUGCUGAACCCGCUUAAUGAUUUAUUAGUAACCAAAAGACACCGGUAAAUGUUAACUAAUAAGUACAGUAAGAGAAAUAUCUACGGGUAGUGAAAUAUGGGAGAUGUAAAAUAGCUGCGGAACGAUUCAUUGUUAGUUUCUAUUUGAGUUGGGUAGCACGUUUAUUUUAUUUCUUAGACAAUCUAUGCAAAGACUUAAUAACUAACGAACUAUGUUUCGCCGUUGUGAGAUGUUUUGGAUUCCCGAUGGGUGACUGUAUGAGUGAAUGAAUGAAACUAUUUUGGAUGCAUAUACUGCCUCAAUAUGUUAAGACUAUGUUAAAAGUGAAACCUGUACAUUACAAAUUGUGUAUAAAACUAUAUAUAUUAUAUAUAAGACUUGAGUACAAUAUAAGGAAGGAUUAAAGAUCGGUAGAUAUAUUCGAUUUGUUAAUAACUAUGUAUUUUAUUAUUUGAAUGUGAAAAUUACAUUUUGUUGGUUAUGGUUACGUACCAUAUUGGUGUUUCAAACUCCUUGACGUCAUAAUCAAAGAACUGUAUAAUAAGGGUUGAACACUUCAUUUUUACAUAAGUUCUAAUGAUGUUGAAACAAACUGAAACUGUUUGGUGUAGUAAUUUUGCCGAGAAGAUUUUUUUGUAGGUUUUGGUGAGGAAGAGAGUUUCAGCCAUAAAAAGUUGUUAACAAGUUCAGAAUCCCCAGAAGGUUCAUAUACAUAUUGCAAAUACAAACGCACAAAUAUACUUUGUUUAUGAUUAAACCAUAGAAAGCCCCACCUGUUUUGCCUGUAUUGAAAAAACUAUUUGAAUUUUUCAAGGUUCUACAGCUGUUUCUUACAUAAUCUAAUUGAAACACUCAGGUCCAAAAAAAAAUCGUGUAACCAUCCGUUUAUGGUUGAUAAAUAAUUAAAAACUGAAAAACAAAAUCAAUUGGAUAUUCUAGUAUAAUUCGAGAUAGACAAAUUUGUUUACACAAAGGCAGAGUUAGAACAUUAUUGAAAAAAAGGGCACCAAUAAUUUUUAUCCUAGAUUAAUUCAGAAGGAAAUUAAUCCACAGCUAAUUUUACUUUGCCGCUUUAGUUCAUUUGCUAUGCUUUACCAAAAAUAAAUCAAAUUUGUAAUGUAAAGAAUCAAAUUUAAAAAAAAUAAGUUCCUUAGGUCAAUACAAAUUAAGAAACUUGAGUUUUGAAACACUUCUACAACUAUCAUCUACAGCUUAUACAUACUAUUUCUUUACGUCGUGAAUGAAGAUAGUAAUCGGAGUAUUGAAAGUAUCGGGAAGUAUCGCCGAAGUUGGCUAAAUGUUUCCCUAUUGCAUUGUGGUGUCAUUUAGUGUCUCCUUGCUUGUGAACUCCUUCUUUGUAAAUAACCACCGGCAAAGACAAAACAUAACUGCAGGAAAGAGUUGUUCGAAAAUGUUCAUUUGAAUGUCAAACCACAUCACUUGCGAUAUGAGUGUAUCAUUUGAACAAUCAUUUUACUAAAACAACAUUUGUCAGGAAAAAUCUCGUUAAAUGAUGUCACGUUGUACGCAAUGUUUUCUAAAUGGCCAUUUUCGCUCACAUUUGUAAAAAUAAAUAUUCCUGCCAUACGACAUCAAUAAUGAGACUCACGAUGCCAAACUCGACCGAAACACUAAUUUAUUUUAUAUACCGUAAACAAAACUUUGUUCUCGUAUGUUGCAAAAUCUAUCACCACAUUUAUACUAUAAUACAAUAAAAAUAGUUAAACCUAACUUUUUAAACCAAGUGAUUGUCAAUAAUAUACUAAAUCGUUUAAAUUUGUAUGUAAUAAAAUAAAUGUAAU